AAACAUAGAAGAAACAUGGCGGUGUUCGGACAUUAUCCGACGAGCCUUUAAGUUAUCGGAGAUAAAAAAUACUCGAAAGUUGCACAAUUGAAGCAUGUAAAUUAAAGCAAAUAAUAGUGCCCAUAGUGACAAAGUGUUUAAAAUUUUAGUUUAGGAAUAAUUUUUCUAAGUAGUGCCUGAAUUCGACCGUAAAUUUUUUGGGUGGAUUUUAAAUUUCUUCCAACUGAUUCCAAAAUGGUUGUAGGUGAAGGAAUAAAUAACAUUAUGGGGGGUAUAGAAAACACAGGAACAGUGAAACAACAUAAUCACAAAAAGAAACUCAGGCAAAGAUUUGAUAUUAUAAAGAAAUUAGGCCAAGGGACAUUUGGUAAAGUGCAGCUAGGAAUAAAUAAAGAGACAGGUCAAGAGGUUGCUAUUAAAACUAUAAAGAAAUCAAAAAUAGAAACUGAAGCUGACUUGGUUAGAAUUAGAAGAGAAAUCCAAAUCAUGUCUUCAGUUCAACAUCCCAAUAUCAUACAUAUAUAUGAAGUGUUUGAAAAUAGAGAAAAAAUGGUUCUAGUCAUGGAAUAUGCUGCAGGUGGUGAACUGUAUGAUUAUUUAUCUGAACGUAAAGUACUUGACGAAGAGGAAGCUAGGAGGAUAUUUAGGCAGAUAGCCACAGCUUGUUAUUACUGCCAUAAACACAAAAUAUGUCAUCGAGAUCUCAAAUUAGAGAAUAUUUUACUUGACGAAUAUAACAACGCAAAGAUAGCAGAUUUUGGUUUAUCAAACGUAUUCGACGAUCAAAGGCUACUAAAUACAUUUUGCGGUUCACCUCUUUACGCUUCCCCUGAAAUAGUUAAAGGAACCCCCUAUCAAGGUCCUGAAGUGGAUUGUUGGUCUCUUGGAGUACUUCUGUAUACUCUAGUCUACGGAGCAAUGCCUUUUGAUGGUAGUAAUUUCAAGAGACUAGUCAAACAAAUUUCACAAGGAGAUUAUUUUGAGCCGUCAAAACCCAGUCCUGCAUCUCCAUUGAUAAGAGAAAUGCUUACAGUAAAUCCUAAAAACCGUGCUGACGUAGAAAAAAUUUGUAGCCAUUGGUGGGUAAACGAAGGUUACAGCGAUAAUUGUCUAGAUAUAUCCGAAGAUUUGGCUAAUCAAACUCCAGUUCGAUUAGAUGUUCUUUUGGCAUUAGCUCCUCCUCCUCCUCAGCUAGAAAGCGAAAAAUUGAUGUUAACUGGAGACGAAAACACGCAGUCAAAACCGACCGAACCGAUUGCUCCCACUAGAUCACAAUCUGUUGGUAGUCUUAUGGAAUUAUCUCACCCGGCUGAAAGAAGAAUACUCAAUAUGUUGUUAGAUGAUAAAGUUACCCCAAAGAGAAAAUUAGAAACGACUGUUAGUACAGAUAGAGCCAAUUUGGACAAGAGAAAAGAAAAGAUAAUCAAAGAAAACACCGUAGCUGAUAUUACAGUACAUGGGGCGCACAAAGAAAUUGAAGAACAGGAAGAAAUCAAACCGUUGCCUUUAGAUAAAAGUUCAACACAAACUGUAUCACCCAAAGAAAUGGAGAUUGAACAAGAUGUAGAUCCUAAUUUACAAGGAGCAGCUUGUACACAAAUAAUCGAGGAAGCCGAAAAGAAAAAAACACAGAAGCUCAAAAAGUCAUUAACAAAAACUAUUAGUAAUAAUAUUCUAGAAAAUAUUAACGAAAUGCCUAGCCAGGAAAAUGUAGCAGAAUCGUUGAAUAAAGAAAACGUAAUUGAACCUGCUAAAGAGGAGGCUACACAAAAAGAACCACAAGAAAGUGAAGUUAAAAAAUCUGAGUCCAAGGCGCCUACAAAAAAGAAGGCAGUGAAAGUGUUGUCAGAUAAAAAUGAAAAUUCUGUAGAAGCUCCUGUUGGCGAAUCCGAGAAACCCAAAAAGGAAGAAACUCCGCAAAAAGAAACAAAAGAACCAGAGCCUGAGCAGCCUUCCAAACCAAUAGAGAGAAGAAAAUCGAGAAUCUUCGAAGCCGCGGAAAAAUUCCAGAAUCUAAUAUCGCCAACCGAAUCAAAACCUACAGUUACCGAAAAACCAAAGAAGAUACUUAUACCAGGGGUAAGCGUAGAUGGAUUUAAAAAAGAAUUCGAAAGAAAAGCUAGCUUAACAUCAACUCCGAUUAAAGUAAAAGGUGCCUUAAAUAAAAAAAUACCAGUUAAAAAGUCUGAAGAAAAGGAACAAUUAGAAGAACCAGCGGAAAAACCAAAAACUGAGACUGAUGAUCAGAAAAAAGAACGCGUUCGAAAUGCCGUAAAUAUUAUUUCAAGUGCCUUAGACAAAGAAGGAGCAAGAAAGUCGAAAUCUCGUCCCUGUAUUGAACGUAAACCACCAGUACCUUUCGGAGUUAGUGGUAGAUCAGCAUCUGGCAAUAUAGGGAUGUUAACACAACCUUUAUCUCCACCACCUGGGCCAAAACCUUACGUGCCACCCAAAUUCGAUAACUUGAAUGUCCAGAAAGUUGAAGACAAACCACAAGAUGUGGAAGAAAAUAAAGUGUCGUCUGCGGAAAUCACUCUCAAAUCGGCAACGUUGCCUAGGAGAAAGACCACCAAGGCUGAGAUUCAAUUGAACUACCCAGUUCCUAAACCUCCGGCUAUGGGCUUCAAGACUGAAAUGGCACAUAACGUUGAAGGUUAUAAUCCCCAGCGAACCGAAGUUGUCGCAGAUAUUACUCUGCCGCGACCAAAAUUGGAUAAUUCAUCUAGAGAACGAAUAAUACCAAUAGCUUUUGAAAAACAAGAUAGCCAAGAGUCUGUUCAAAGCCCGUCGCAAACUAAACCACCUGCCCCACGAACAUAUCCAACUCAAAAAUCCAAUUUGUCAAGGCAAUCAACCCAAGAAUCCGAUACAGAAACUGUUGCUUCAAGUGGCGAACCAAUAAGAAAAUCUCCUAGGGAAUACAUUAUUCCGAUAGCUGUGGAAGGUGGAGGUUAUGUAACUCCAAGAGCAGGAAGCUUAGAACCGAGCGAUACGGCUAGUACAACAAGUACAAUGACUAAUAGGAGCAAAACCAAAUUUGGAAGAGGAACCAGGAGACUCAAUUCAUUGUUCAGCGAUAGAGAUUCGGAAGAUGAGUCUUCACCAUUUCAAGCUUUCCAUCACCCUAGAGAUAGCGACAAUGAAGAUUCUAGGAAGGACGCUUUCCAUAGACUUAGGACCACACGUACUAGAAAGUCUAAUUUAGAACACGCCGACUCCGUAAGUUCUGGCGACGAGGAUGACGACGAAGGAUUCGAAAUACUUACAGCUGAAAAUCUAUUUUCUACUCUUCUUUCUAGGGUACGUGAUUUAACUCAAAGGUUAAAUGUGGAUGAGGGAGGAAUGAGACCUGGCUUCCCGUCUAGUAGAUUGUUUAGUCAUUUUGAUCAUGGAACAAAUUUCUUUAAUAGAUUGGAACAUCCUUUGUCAAGGCACUCAUCUUUAGGUAGAACAUUUAGCAGGCCUAUCACUAAAACUACAGUAGGUAGCAGCUUUGGUGUUCCAUGGAGGCGGAGUGUUAGUCGCGAUUUGGCCUCAGAUAUAGAUAAUGUAUUCAAAAAUUCGAAUACACCGUCAUUGUCACGCCCUGCAGAUGAACCUAAGGACGAAAACCUUAAUUUAGCAGAUCUAGAUUUAAAAAAAUUAAAACUCUCCGAAGAAGAUGCUUUGGCACUUUCUUAUUUAACGCCUGGUCUUUCGAAACGCAUCCAAAAACAACUGCUUGCCCAACUAGCUCCAUCCGAAGCUCGAAAAUUGCAUAGAACAAUGUCUUCUUGUACUCCAGAAGAUAAAAUUGGUAGAUCUACAUUAUCUAGAAGAUGCUCAGCCGAGAAUAAUAUUCUUAAAGAAACCGUAGAUAGCACUAAAGAGCCUAAAGUGGUAAAAUCUUUUCUUCCCGUUAAAAGAGAAGAAUUUAGACCUUCUGAAUUUAGUAUUAGAUCAUCUAGUAUCGGCGCUGAACCUAGAUGUGAUAGUAGAUUCCUUAGAAAACCUAGAGUAACAAAAUCAACUUCACUCCGUGAGCCCAGAAUGUAUAAUUCGAAAACUGAUUUACAAAGUCCAGAUUCUAGUAUAUCCGAAAGUAUUUCCACUUCCUACAAAAACGAUAGCUCAAAAUGUAUCUCGGAUUCUUCAGCAUCAAGACCAUAUUCAAAAUAUUCUUCAGAAUCUCUAUAUAGUAGAUACUCACCAAACAAAUCCUUGGAUACCAUCGAUAGUAAGACUGAUCUACAAAAACCGUCCUCUUCAAAGAAACUUUCAAGAUUUUUAAGACCUGACUUUUUUGAUGGUCCUAAAGACGAACAUGUAUACCUAAGAGAUAAAAAAGAGCGCGAAAUGGAAACCCAGAAAGUUUUAAAAGAAAUAAGGGAUAAAAGGAAGGGCAGGUUAUAUUCUAAAAGAGAAGGUUCAACCUCAAAAGAAAAAUCUGAAGACGAAUUGAUCAAAGAAACUGACGUUAUUCUUGAUAAGGUAUCUGACAGUAUCAAAAAUUUGGAAAAUGCAAAUAAUAUACACGAUUAUGUUAAUAUUGCUGGUGCUACUAAUAACUGUGAUUCUCUAGAUAAUAUUAAAAUUGAUACGGAUAAAAUUAUACACGAUUAUGUCAAUGUUAAAGCACCAAAAAAUCUAACGAAAAAAGAUAAGCCAUCCAGAAUAGCAAGACCAAAAAGUUAUCCAACAGAGAAUUUAGUCAAAGAAAGUAUUUCAAAAGAGAAACUCAAAGAAAAUAGUAAAGAAACUGUAUCUCCUGAAAAAGAAUCCAAACUAAGUAAAUUAAGAAAAGGUUUUAGUAAAAGUAAAGAAAAGACUAAAGAAGAUAAAAGUGAAAGUCCCAAAAACACAAAUGAGGAUGAAAAGGUGCAGAAAAAUAAGCUGCUGCAAAGUUUAGAGAAGAAAUUCGAGAAAUUCAGAACAUCCAAAGACCAACAGGUCAUACAAGAGAAAAAAUCUACCGUUGAAAAUGCAAUUAAAAGAUUAAGAGAACAAAGUUUGCCAAGAAAUUUGGAACAUUGUACCGAAUCCGGUUUGAUAAAGAGAGCUGUAUCAGUAGAAGACUUAUCAUGUAGUAAUAAACCUUUACAAGCUUCGAGAAAAUCAGUUACUAAAAUUUUAGGACUUUUCAAAAAAUAUGAGGAACAAGAAAAGAAAAAAGUUUUGAAGAAACAAAAAAAUAAGAAUACCAAGAAAGAAAGUGAUAAUGAUAACAAAACUGUGAUUUCCAAUGAUGAAAAUCAAAACGAUUCUACUGAAAGUACCAUUAAAAAAGAGAGACCUAAAUCUUUACUAAUCGAUAAGAUGAAGCAUUUCCAAAACGGCACUACUGAUAAAGAUAGUAAACCCAAGUCAAAAUUACCAGUUAAUUCUUACAGACGUAGUUUAAAUUUGGAUAAUAUGUCCGAUUCCGUAAAUAAUAACGAAAAACCUGAUAGAGCAAAUUUAAAACUCGAUUUUUCAAAAGUUCAAAGCAGAAGUGAACCGAUAGUGAUCAAAGAACCUGUUCCUAGUACAAGUACCCACGAUGAUAACUUCAACGACAAUAGAAAUUCUAUGGCGAUGACUGACGACAGCUCAACUGUACUGUCACCUUCUGAUGAUUAUCAGAGCUGCGAUUCGUGGUCGGUGAUGUCUGAAUAUCCUAACGUCAAUGAUCUACAUUCGCCAUUAUCUCCUAAUGGUUAUUUAUAUUCCGGGGAUGAAAAUGAAUCUGUGAUCGAUAGGAUUAGAAGGAAAAGUUUCUAUACCAGAUUUAACGAGAAAAAGAGAAUGAGAAAACCGAAUAAUUAUAACUUAGACUUGGGAUAUAAGAGUCCAACGGAUUAUAGUUCCCUAGAUAGGAAAAAUUAUGACUACAGAUCAUCAAUUACUCGUAGACCUAGUUACAUCGCCUCUGCUCAAGAACCUUCUAGAAAUUAUAAUCGGCCUUACUCAAGAAGCUCUUCUUUAUUAAACGAUUAUGUGAACGUUCCCAAUCGUUAUCAGACUUAUAGUUCCAAAAUUGGGAGGCCUGCUUCUUCCUUAUAUUCCGAUUCUGAGGAUAAUACAAUUGAUGAUUUGCUGACAACUGCUAAACCUAGAAAUUACAGUUUAUCAACACCUCCAUCUAGAUUGAGUCGAGGAUCCGUUUCUCCCUCUAAUGAAUAUUUUCUUAGUCAUACGUCUUCCUCGUUGAUACCGCCAAAUAUGCCAGAACCUAACUGAUACUGUCAAAACAAUUAAAACUAAAAAAAAAAAAAAAAUAUUUCUAAAAAUCUAGUUGCUGUCUACUCUACUUCCGAAUACGAUAUCAUGCCGAUUUUUAAUAACCGUUAUUACACUGUAUUUUCAUUAAAUUAUUUCAGGAUAAUAUGUAUUGUACAAUAACUAAUUUAUCCAUUUUAUACAUAUCCAAAUUUUUUUCUUUAGAAUUGAUUCCAUAGAGUAUAAUUAUAACAGUUCCACUGGAUUCACCCUCCACUCUUUGAGUAUCUUAAUUAUCUGUAAUUUUAUUAGCAUCGAAAUCUAUAAGUAAUAAAACAAGAGUGGGACAGUAAACGCAAACUCCACAGAUUGAAAAGAUUAUUUGUUAUAAAACAUACCCACAGUAAUUUAACUCUUAAAAGAAACAUUGCAUCUUUUGCCAUAAUGGCUUCGAAAAAAUUUCGAUUCUAAAAAGGAAUUCCGAAAAAUUAUUUAAAAAAAAUUGAAACGGGAAAUAAUAUUGAACAAGAUGUUGUCAUAAAGUCUCGAAUAAAUUAGCUAAAUAAAUCCAAAUAUAUUCUACAAAGAGUCUUAUAUUUGUCUGAUGGUCAGCUGUAGUAACUCUAUAACAAAGUUGAUUUAUUUUUUUUUUAUUUUGUUUUAAAUAGCCUCAAACGACAAAAUUAUUUGAAGAUAAUUCUGGUGAUAAGGGAGGCCAAUCAUUUUCAAUCUCAUGUUUAUUGUGAUCAGGUCUUGAUGAAACGAAAGUUCAUUCCUUAACAAUAUCAUAUCAAUCACGAAACUUCUUCAAUUUGAUAUGGUUUUCGGUUUACCUAUCUGGAUUCUUCGUUCUUUAAAGCAACUGUAACCAUUUUUCAUCUUUUGUAUACAUUUUUAUGAAUUAUAAUAUCUCAGCUUAGAAACUUCAAUUUUGAAAAUAAUCAGUGAAAGUUGUGAUAUGGAUCUCCAAGUGUUUAAAAUCAGAUUUUGAUUAAUAAGAUGUUAAAUUAGCUUUAGAUUACCCACCUUAGACAUUAUCCAGUUCACAAAACUUCAGAGAACUCUCUUCUAGACAGCUUCGUCAACCAUUAGCAGUCUUUUUCUUUUAUAUAGUACGAUAACCGGGAAAAAUAAAUACUGCAGGUUUGGAUAGGGCAAGACAUCUACCAAUUUAAUUCAGUUUCAAAACUAUUCCUACUCAUUCGGAAGUUAAAGCCUAUCACUUUCAUUCGCGAAUAUACAAAUAAUAUCGAAUAGAAUAGAAUUUGUUGUUUGGUUGGCAAGAAAAUAAUCAAAUUUCUAUAUACAAAGUCCUUGUCGGCACGACUGUUAUGACUAUCUUCAAAAAAAUCAGAAUUAGAACUGUUGCUUCCACUAAAAAUGGCACUUGAACGAGCACGUGUAUCGGAAGUCGACGCCAUUAUGAUGUGGCUAACCAUGUUUUACGCGAAAAGAUGAUGAAAUUUGGCCAACACGAUAUAGCGAUCACUCCGCCACCUAUUGCUAUAUAGUCGAAUUAAAUUUUUAGUUUUCGCCAUUUGUGUGGCUCACCAUUGUAUUGCUCUAAGGUCUUCGUAUAUAUAUUUUUUAAUUUAUAAACAUAGAUCGAUUUAAAAUUUUUUGUAUCAGUUGUUUAGAGGUGCAUCUUUCGAUUCUCAAUCGAAUGACAACUAAAGCGACGAUAUUGUGAUUGGUCAAAGAAUUUAUGUUGAUAUCCUGUAAAUUUUUUCACAAUAUUCUAUAACAUGAAAAAUUAACGUACUCAAAUUUGAUUAUUUUCAGUUCUAGUCGUAGUAAUGAGGCAGUGUUAUCAUCAGCUUGUUGAAAAUGUGUUUUAUACAAAGUAUGAGUAAAUGUUUAGUAUUAUUUCAAUACCUUGAAUUAUUUUUUCUGUGCAGUUUCGAAAUAUAUUUCCAUAAUUUUUUUAUGGUGCAUUUGAAAUCGUUAUUUCAUUCUUUUUAUCUAAUUUUUAAAGUAGGUAGUUUACCAUAAUCAUUUAUUUUAAAUUGAUAUUCAAAUUAGUAUUAUUGAAAUCAAAAUUGACAGCAAGUAGUUUUUUGUGGAUUCUGUUAAAUUGAGGUAUUUUUACUUUAAGCUCUCUAUUUGUUAAUUUUAAAUUGAUUGAUUUGUGAAUAUUGUUAAAAUUUUGAGAAAUCUUUAAAUAAAAUUCAAUUACGUAAUAUAAACGCAAUAACAUAUCUUAUAAAUUUGUUUGUAUAGGUUUUAUGAAAAUUUUUCGAAAAAAUAGAUAAAACGUUUUAUAUUAUAACAAUUUUAUUUUGAACAAACUAGUCACUAAAAAAGUUUUAUUUUUUCGAACAAUUUGUAUCAUAUGAAUGUUUCUUUUUUGCUUUCAUAACUUAUUGUAUUUAUCUUUGUUUAGUGUUUUAAUAUUUAUUCUUUUAAAGCCUUUUUCCAGAGUUUUUACUGAAAAUCUAGCAAGUUACUAAUUUUCACUACAUUGUAGAAUUAUUUAAAUUUAUUUCUUAUCAGGUAUAGUCGACUAAAAUAUAUGAAUAUUUGAGGCAUCAGAAAGUUUAGGAUAAAUAAUAUAUUUUAAUUAUUAUCGACAUUUGUAAAAUUAGAAAUGAAAAAAUUAAAAUAGAAUAUUAUUGAUAUUUCCAGAAACUGCCUCUAGUUGAAAAGCAAACCUCAGUGCUUGAUAUGAAUAGAAAUGUUUUGUGAGAAAAAUGACCAAUAACAAAAAAAAGUGAAAAGAAAUCUGUAAUGGGUAAGGACAAUGAAGUGUAAUAAUACAAAUAGAACAGAAAAAGAAGAAAAGUGGAAAAAUGAAUAAGAUUGUAACUUAUUUAUAAGUUAAAUGGGAAAUAAAUGUAAAGUAUUUUUGUACUUGAAAAAAACAAAUUUAUAAAUAUUGAAAUAGAUAUAUUGAGAUAAAAAAAGGUUGAUGGAAGAAGAAAUAAUUAAUAACCUAAAGUGCUGUUGAAGAACGAAAUAACAUGUAUACAUUACGAUGAAAUGAAAUCUGCCCUUUUUCACUGUUAGCUAAAUACUUGUUUAUAUUUUUUUUAUUAAUGAUAAUUGUUUUGGUACUUUUAAUCCUUUUUUAAUUUGACUCACGUUCUUUUUCUGGUUAUUCUAUUUCUAUUGUAUUUACUUUUGACUUAUUUUCCAUACCGUCGCAAUAAUUUCAAAAUUGUUAAAAAAAGGAAAAUGAAUACAGUGAGAUAACUAAAAUAAUAAAAAAAUUUGAAUGAGAAAGAUUAAAAUAAAAAUCUAGAGGUACACCAAAUUGAACGUGUUCAUACAAGGAGAGAGUCAAAAAAAUAUAUAAAGCCCUAUAACGUCGGGUAGGUUAUUACGAUCAUAAAUUAUACAAAUUUAUUACUCAAUGGAAAACUUUCUGUUUGUCUUUUGAAUAGAUCAUAAUGUUUAGGAACAACUUCCAAGAUUUACUUUAUAUAUUUGAUUGCUUGCUAUAUUUUCACCCAUCCCAGUUAAUAUAUCUGGAAAUUGGCAUAUUCUUAUAUAUUUAUUUUAUACACAAUCCGUUUUAUCAAAAUAAAUAUCUAUUGAUAUUUUCAAUAAAAAUGUAGUAAAGGACUACUAAAAAACUGUAAAAAGUUAAAGUUGUUGAAGUUUUGAAUAAUUUUAAUAAUAAUGUUGCAAUAUGUAUUUCAUUAUAUUUACUUUUAUCAGUUUUUCCCAUGAAAAUAUUUCACUAUAGAUUUUACAAUUGUUACGUCACCCCUUACCCCAUUUCUUAGGUUGAGGUUUGUGUGAAUUUGUUAAGAGUUGUAUGUUGACUUUUGCGAUUUCAUAAAAAAUUAUCGAGAA